AAAAUAUUUCCCUCCUUCAUGGAGGGAAUAAAAUACAAUAAAAAUGUUUCUAAAAUAUAAAUAAUGAAAUUCACUACAAUGCGGCCUUUUUUACUAAAUAAACUAAAUCCCCUCAAUCCAUCAAAAUUUCUGAUAACAAGAUCCACAAUCAAGAAAAGUGCAGUUAAAAGAUUUCAGUCUAUUCACGUUAGAGAAAAUUACAGGGAUUGGGCGAAGAGAACAUUUUUUAAAAUAGCCGCGAAUUUUCCUCAAGGGAAAAAUUCCAAGGUUCAAAUUCCUUUAUAUAAGAAAAAUGAAGAUUCAUCGUCUUUGCUGAAUUUAGGAUUGGACUUGGCAUUCGUCAUUCUUAGGAUUAUUUUCAUUUCUACAGUGAUUUUUGGUUUAUUAACAUUCUACUGGACGACUCGAUUGCUUAGAAUCUAUCAUGUUUUUCCUCCAGUUCUUCUCAAAGCAAUCGAACUUCUUGGUCCGACAUUUAUUAAAUUUGGACAAUGGAUAGCCACUCGAAGGGAUAUUUUUCCGGAAGAAUUUUGCUGGACACUUUCGAAACUUCAAAGAUACGCAGCAACCCAUUCUUGGACUUAUACGAAACAUUUAUUGGAGGUCACUUAUGGGCCGGAUUGGAAGGAAUUGUUUCUCAAAUUCGAUAGCGAUCUUCCUAUUGGUUCCGGAUGCUGUGCUCAGGUUUACAAAGCUUGGAUCGAUCGUGAGGCUACAGUCGAUAUGAGACGUGAUCCAAAAAUUUCUAAUCUGAUUGAAAUUGGUGAAUAUCUGAAUUUAAAUCAUCUUCUGGAUUUAUGGAAUAGAACGAUCAAUAAGGCGGAAGAAUUACAACCCGAUCUAAAUUCGAAUUCAAAUAAGAUUAAAUUUCUUCCAGUCGCCGUGAAAAUUUUGCAUCCUAGAAUCGAGAAACGACUUGAGAGAGACUUGAAAGUAAUGCACUUCAUUUCUGUGGGAAUAGAAUAUUUUUUCCCAAGUCUGAAAUGGUUGAGUAUCACUGAUUGUGUUGAGGAGUUUUCGAAAAUCAUGAGUAACCAAGUAAAUAUGGAAAUAGAAGCCUUGAAUUUGAUCCAAUUUUCAAAACAUUUUUCUGGAAAAGCCGAAAUCGUUUUUCCAAAUCCUAUAAUGAAAUAUACUGACCGCCGAAUUCUGGUUGAAACUUUUCACAAUGGUUCCUGCAUUUUUGAAUAUUUAGAUUGCAACAAUAUGGAUUUGAAACACAAAAUCGCUAAAAUUGGAAUUAAGACCGUCCUCAAAAUGAUCUUUGAAGAUAAUUUUGUACACUGCGAUCUUCAUCCCGGAAAUAUUCUUGUAGAAAAUAUAAAAACUGCAAGUUUCGGGCUUGGCGACUUUUUUGAAAAAAUCUGUGAUCUCCGUUUUGGAAAUGAAAAUAGAUUGCGAUUGGUUAUUUUAGAUUGUGGUCUUGUCGCCUCCUUGGAUGAACGUUGUCGAAAAAAUUUCCGCGAUGUGUUUCGUUCUGUUGCUAAAGGAGAUGGAGAAUUGGCUGGGCAGUAUUUACUGGAUCAUACGAGAAAAGUGAUUCCUAAUCCUGAGGGUUUCAAGAAAGCAUUGGAUAAUAUUGUUCAGACUCAUUUGAAAAAUCAAGUGACUUUAGCGAAUGUGAACGUGAGUACCGUUGUGGCAGAAUUGUUCUCGGCGAUGGUGAGUUACCAGGUGAAGCAGGACGGAUCAUUCAGUAGUGUAAUCCUCAGUAUUGCAGUGAUCGAAGGACUUGGUCGCAGUUUAGAUCCUAGUAUCGAUAUGAUCCAGGAAAUUCUCCCCUUUGUUCUCGGAAAUAAUCUGAUAAAGGAUUGAUAACUGAUCAGAGGAUCGCCAAAAAAUCGAAACAAUACACAAAUCCAGUUAUGCUGCUGAUGUCCGGAGCAUGGUUCGAGGUAAUAAUUGUCGCACUUUUCACUGGCCUUGUGUUGGCCUCCAGUUAUCAGCCAUC